CGGAAAACGCCAUUUCACGGAACGACGGCUCGGAGCAAUAGGCAACAGUCCCUCGCCUGGGCAAGUUUCAUUCGAGAAGCUUGCUAGGGACGCUACCGAGACAUCACACUAGCGCCCACUCCAUCACCAGUAUGGGUGUCUACUACGGCGCGCGGGCUUUGCGAGAAUCGUGACGUUUAGAGGAGAUUAUUUGGCACCUUGAUGGAAUUAGACUGAGCUGCAGAUCUCGACAGCGCCAUGCCGCCCGGCCGGCCUUCGAAAAGGACUGGCGAGUCAGCAGACGGCAACUCAUCGGACGAACACAGCAUCAAAGUCAAGUCGCAGCGGACACAACGGGGAUCGACGCAGAGCGACUUCUCAAGCGUGGUCAAGAGCAAGCUUCAGUCGUACACGCGUACAGGUCAAGCAUGCGAUCGUUGCAAGGUCCGCAAAAUACGUUGCGAUGCGUUGCCCGAAGGGUGUUCGCAUUGCAUUCGUCAGAACUUGGAAUGCUAUGUCACGGAUCGCGUCACCGGUCGCACGGAGCGCCGUGGCUACACACAGGAGCUUGAGAGAGAGAAGGCAGCCAUGUUGGCACAGAUCCGGACGCUCAAAAAGAUGCUCGAAGCGAACGGAAUACAUGCGGCGCGGUUUCAGUGGCCUCAGUCCUUGGAUUCUCCGGGGCGCUCGUCAUCGCGCUCACAACUCGAUAUAAGCCACCAGGACGUUUCUCAACAGACUUCACACCUGACAACACCUAUGGGUCCUCCUUCUCCCUUUACCAACAGUGAGAGCACUUCUUUGAGUGUUUCUCAAGACGCCAAUCCAAAUCGACCACAGCUUGUUGCCUUCAAAAGUUUGACGCUAUCCAUUCUUGGAAACGACAUCGAUCUCGGCGCGUUCGGAGAGACUGAUCUCCCAGAUCCCUCGCUCCGCGUUCCCGAUGUACCCCUACACUAUUCACCAAGCGAGAAGAUGAUUUUGCAUAUGAUGCUCAACCUACAGCGUCCCACAAAUGUCGAGCUUCCACCAUGGAGUGAGGCACUCCGGUAUGCGGAAUGGUGGUUCGCAAAUAUCUAUCCGUUCCUGCCCAUUCUGCACCGGCCAACCUUUUUGUCGAAUCUCAAACUGCUUUACGAAGACCCUGUAUCGCCUUCAUUAGCGCCCGCGGACAUUGUUGGCAUCCAUGUGGUGUUCGCGACGACAUUGCGUCAAAUCAGCUUUACCUCGCUCGAUCACUCGAAGCGACCGCAUCUAGCCGCAUGGUCUGAGAAGCACUACCACUAUGCUCUUGGGAGAUUUUCAGAGGUUGUCGUGUCGCGGAAUCUCCUGGAUGUCCGAGCAAUCGCACUCAUUCUUUUCCACGCGACGAGAUUCUCGAAGCCUAGGGUCAGUGCCUAUGUCGCAAAUCAGGCCCUAUCCCUUGCAAUGGAACUGGGUUUGAAUCGAGCACGCCCCUCGCACGUCCGCACAGGCAGGCUGGAAGAAGAGAUGCGCAAGAGAUUAUGGUGGGCAAUCUUGUGGCUGACAAUCACGAUCCAUGGUCGCACGGGACGGCCGAUGCCGAUAGGCCUACAUGAUAUGGACAUCGAUUACCCGGACGCAUUAUCCGACGAAGCUCUCGAAGAGCAGAGCGGCACACUAUCGGAGAUGUAUCUGCAUAUGUACUCAAGCAUAUACAGCAUUCGAUCCAAAUCAUCCGCAUAUCUCAUCUCGCUACAGGCACUGGAACAACAGCUCAAGAACUGGCAGGAUAGUCUCCCUGAUAGUCUUCAGCUUACCGAGGCUGAUCUCGCAGACGCUGCAGUCAGCGACUUCCACGCACUCUAUAUCCACUACACCAGCCUAAAUCUUCAGCUGUACUUGCGCCAUCCCAUGGCGCUGCCGUCCGAGGAUCCCGCGCUCCUGGACAGCACUCUACAGGCCAACGAAGAGAACUCGAAACGCCUGCUCAGGUGUCUCCUGGCCCUGCACAAAAUUGGAUGGCUUGAAGCCACAUGGCUUGCGUUGGGGACGUAUACAAGUGGUGCCUUUCUGCAUCUGACGUCCUAUUGGCAUAGAAGGAAUAUUCUGAACGAGCAUGAUAUGCUUGACCUGCGGCGAGACAUGAUGUCCUGGUUCAUGAUUAUCAAUGAGACCAGCCAACUUCUUGACAAUGGACAGAGACUAUCUGCUGCGAUCAACGACAUAAUCCAACGCGUGCUAACGUGGAUCGAACAUGAUUAUCACCGGCUGGCAAACGAUGCCCGGUCCUUACACACACCACGCGAUAUGGCCGCCAAGCGCACAGCUCAAGAAUCAGGGCAGAUACCACAUAUGUCCUCGAUGGUACCCAAUCAGCGCCUGGCAGAUUCUUCGAGCAGGGGCAAUGUGUCAUAUGAUUUGCCCUCGAGGACUGGCUUCUAUCCAGACCCUUCUGUAUCCGACCCCGGGGUGUACAGCCAGUCCACGGGCUAUCCAGGCACACAACUUCAACCUCCGAAUCCCGGGGCGCCCUAUAAUCCUGGUCACCCAUUCACUUACGAAGGACAGAUUAGAAUGGAACCACCACAUGGCCACGAGCACAGCUCAGGGCCGACUCCACGGACCGGCGCCUCAAUGGACCCUUAUGCGCCGGGUGGGGCACCACCAAUGUCACAAACCUCGCAGCCCAUGAUGUGGCGCCCACCAAUAUCGACAACCAAUACGCACGAUAUCGAGGCAGGCAUGGCGAACCCGAGCGGAAGCGGGCCUCAUGCAGGCGCAACAUGGAGCGACUGGAACACGCCCAUCCCUGGCAGCCAAGAGCACCGUUAUGGGUCGCAUUCCCUCGUGGGGAUGGGUCCGGGCCCGCGACAAGAGACGCGCCCGGACAGUGGCAUGCCGGUAGGACCUGAGAUGGAGAUGAACAUGGGUCCUGGCGUGCCUGUUACCGGAAACGAUAUGCCUUGGCCCGGAUUGAUGUACCCAGCAACCUCGGAGCGGCAGCAGAGGCCGCAAUGACAUGAUGCAGGAGCCAUAGCAGAAGCCAAUACUGAUGAACCCUAUUGCCG